CGCAUCAUGUUUCUUCUUCAGUUCCUUUACCAAACCUGCAAAAAGAUCGGAGAGGGGAAGAAGAGAGAGGAGAAGGAGAAGAUGUUCAGAGAUGUGUCUAGCUGCAACACUUACAACUACGGCGAUGCACUCUACUGGGACGCCAGGUACGUGGCGGAGCAAGGUGGCGCCUUCGACUGGUACCAACGUUACUCCUCUCUCCGCCCCUUUGUUCGCAAGUAUGUUCCCACCUCUGCUCGUGUGCUCAUGGUCGGCUGUGGAAAUGCUCUUAUGUCAGAGGAUAUGAUCGAGGAUGGAUAUGAAGAUGUGAUGAACAUUGACAUCUCCUCAGUGGCUAUUGAGGUGAUGAGAAGAAAAUAUGAGCUUGUUCCUCAAUUGAAAUAUAUGCAAAUGGAUGUUAGGGAUAUGAGUUGUUUUCCAGAUGAGUCUUUCGACAGCAUCAUUGAUAAAGGAACUCUUGAUUCUUUGAUGUGUGGAUCUGAUGCUCCAAUCAGUUCCGCUCGAAUGCUGGGUGAAGUGAGCAGGCUUCUUAAAGCUGGCGGGACAUAUAUGUUGAUAACCUAUGGUGACCCAACGGUGAGGAUGCCCCAUGUGAACCGACCAGUAUAUAAUUGGAAGAUUGAGCUGUAUGUCAUACCAAGACCAGAUUUCAACAGUCCUGCAGGUUGUUCGUCAAUGAAAUCAUACUUGGAACCUGUUCCCACAACUGAAAAGGGUUUCCUUCCCCCGGACUUUGUUUUGGAAGAUCCUGAUUGUCACUUUAUUUAUGUAUGCAAAAAGAUGGAUGAGUCGAAGAUAUGCACCCACCCAUCCUUCAAGAGCUGAUAUCUCAUAUGGAGUAAGUUGAGUACUGUACUGUACCAUUACACUUCUCACAAGCUUUCAAAAUUGUAACCUUGAACAAUUGUUGUACAAUUAUGGCACUCCUGAAGUGAAGUUAGGACUAGUCACCAGGGAUCCUGUUUUUGUUGUAACAAUAUCAGAAUUCUUGUGCUUUGAUACAUUAGGAUAGCUUUAAACACAAAAAAAUAGAAACAGAAUCACAUAUUCAUUUAAGAAAAUUUUAGUGGCUUAAGUACCACUAGGAGUGGCAGAUAUUCAUUUUAGAAAAUUUUAGUGGAUUGAGUACUACUAGGAGUGGCAUGCAUGUUCCAAAGUCUCUGAACCAGUAGAUGUGCAUUUACAUUUUCUUUUCUUUUAAACAAUGAUGUGCAUUUGCAUUCAAUUGAAUACUGCUUUCAGGUGUUAUGUAGUUCUUGUUCGAGUCUAAGUGAUGAUUGGGAUUGUUUUUAUAUUGGAUCUGAGAAUUUGAUAAAAAGUAUUGUGUUCC